AUGGCCAUCUCAUUGCCCAAAAAGAAGUCUAAAGCAUCCAAAGAAGUAGAAACAAAGAAACAUCAUUUUUCUGAUACAAUUUUGUUCAAAAUUCUCUACCGUAUCCAUGCUGCGAUCUUCCUGUUAAUUCUUAUCCUUUUAUGGUCUUCUUCCACCACUAUUAUCUCUGGGAAAAUUGUUCACGUAUGCGUUUCGUCGCGGAAGCUCAAUAAUCUUUACUGUCUCUCUGCAGGUACCCAACCCAAUUCUGGAAUCCCAAUUCCAGCUCUUAACAACAGUUCAAUUAAUCCUAAUAUUAGUGCCAGUAUCAAAGAUGUGGUCAACAUUGUCCGGGAAGACCCAGAUCCAAUCGUCAGCAACAGGGUCCAGAAAAAUGACAGUGUUGGAGAAGUUGCCUUUGCUGUGAAGGUUGUUGAAGCGCAGCUGCAAGUUCAAAGAUCAUGGAUGUCACAUAAGAAUGAUGUGGCAUCAUGUGAUGGGAGGGGGAUUUUUGUGUAUGAUCUGCCAUCGAAGUUCAACAAGGACUUGGUAGGUCAAUGUGGAGAUAUGAUUCUUUGGACAAAUUUUUGUAAGUACUUCAAUAACGAGGCAAUGGGUGAGCCUAUUGCAAAGCUUGGAAAAGGAUGGUAUCACACUCAUCAGUAUGCCUUGGAACUGAUUAAGGCAAAGCUGUUCUAUGUUCCAUUCUAUGGUGGCUUAGAUAUCCUGAGGUGGCAUUUCAAAAAUGUCUCUAGUGAUGUUAAAGAUACCUUGGCACUGGAACUUGUGAAGUGGCUUGAGAACAAAAAGUCAUGGCUUCAAAACUCUGGUAAGGAUCACGUAUUUGUGUUGGGUAAGAUUUCAUGGGAUUUUAGGAGAAGAAGUGAUGCUUCAUGGGGGACAAGAUUGCUAGAGCUUGAUCAAAUGCAGAACCCAAUGAAGCUGUUGAUUGAACGCCAACCCUGGCACAUCAAUGACAUUGGAAUUCCACAUCCUACUUACUUUCAUCCCCAUUCAGAUGAUGAUAUCAUCACUUGGCAGCUGAAGAUCAUCCGAUCAAAUCGAAAGAACCUAGUCAGUUUUGCUGGGGCGGCAAGGCCUGAUGCACCAGAAAACAUAAGGUCAAUACUGAUCAACCAGUGCAAUUCAGAUGAGAAAAAAUGCAAGUUUCUGAAUUGUAGUUCAGGUGGAUGUAACCAGCCUGAAUCAGUUAUUGACCUCUUUAUGGAGUCUGAAUUCUGCAUACAACCUCCCGGAGAUAGCCCGACAAGAAAAUCCGUAUUUGAUUCACUUGUCUCGGGUUGCAUUCCGGUACUCUUUGAUCCAUUCACAGCUUACUACCAAUAUCCAUGGCAUUUACCGGAAGAUCAUAGCAAAUAUUCAGUGUUCAUAGACCAAGAAGAGGUGAGGCAGAUGAAGGUAAAUGUGAUUGGAAGACUCAUGAACAUUCCUGUAAGGAAGAGAGAGGAUACGAGGAGGUACAUUGUUUAUGAACUAUUGCCUGGUUUGGUCUAUGGAGACUCAAAUUCCCAGCUUGAAAAGUUUCAGGACGCAUUUUCCAUAACAUUGGAUAACUUGCUUGAGCGGGUGAACAGAAUACAAUGAAUUCUAAAACGUUUCUUGUUCGUUUAUUUGUUUCUUCUUUUGUUUAUUGAUCGUACAUGAGAGUUAAGACAAUAUGUAUGUGUCUUUGUUUUUCUUUUCAAUAUGAACUAAUUUCAAGUUCUAACUUCCAACUAAUGUUCAAAUAAUUUUGUAUGAAAAUACAAUUUGAAUGCAGUUCAUGACGAUUAUUCUACACAUAUUUGAGCAUAUAUCUAUCAAUGAA